CCGCGUCACGGUGCAAGUAUAUAUCCACAACGCUGAUGUGUUCGUUCGUUUUGGCGUUUGUCGUUUUGCCGACGCAUUUCUGCAAAUCGUUUUUACGCGCCGGAUAUAUCGCGAAUCAAUCGCUGACACACUGAGGCGCUAAAGUCGUCAACGAAAUGACAGUGUUGUUCACAUUAUUGAAACCAGUGCAAAAAAAUAUUGUUACACGCAUACCUUUCCCACACGAUUUGAGUGGUCGCUGAGUACUUUAACUGUUAUACUAAUUAUUGCAGAAAAACAAGAAGCGAUAAUGAGAAAAUACAAAGUCACGUGCUGUGUGUGAUAUUUUGCUUUGUUGAGCGAAACAAGUGAUUGCAAAAUUGAGUUCUCCUUCGUUUGGUGCUAAUUACCGCUGAGCAUGAUGCGUUCUGGCAGUCCACUACCACGCCCCGCCAGUCCGGCGAUUUCCGAGAUUUCAGUGGGGUCGCCCAGCCCGCCCCUGGUAACAGCCAUGCAUAAUCUUAGACAACAUAACGGCUUAACAGCUUUUCGGCCAAUUGAUAUAAAACGCGCGCGACUUACAGACUUACAUAACCACCAGAGAUCACUGCUGGAUGUCAAUGACGGAGUUGGAUUAACUGCAAAUCAGGCGCCAGCACCACCACAACGCCGCAAAUCAAGUGCUGAGCGUGUGAAAAGCUUUUCGAUCGCCGAUAUUUUAGGUAAAGGUGAUGCAUCAACUCGUUCUCCAACACUGCACAGCACGGCUUCGCCGCCACCCGUGGUAGCACCAUUGACGCUUAGUAAGCCCUCUAAAGCUUUGGAACCCGAAAUUUUGCCAAUGAUACCACGGCCACAAGCAGCGCCACCAUCCUCAUUGCUACCCGCUCAAGUGCUAGGCGAGCGUCUGGCGCCAACUGUACCGGCACCACUAGUCAUGCCACCAUCACAAUUGCUACUCGAUGCACACGCAUUUCCCAAGUCAUCGGCGCAUGCUUGGCAAGCAAUGCGUGCAGGCGCGGCAAUCGCAAUGCCUUUGCGCCCCUUUCUGCCGCCUGCGCUGUUGCACUACGAACAGCGUCUGGCGUGGGACUAUCAGCGUCAGCUGCAGGAACACUUUCAAGCGCAGGCACAACUUUUACGCCAGAUGAGUAUGGAUCCCUCGAUAAUACCUUCUGAGGAUGGUUCGGAGCGUUCGCAUUCCAGUUCUGCGGGUAGUGACUGUUGCUCGCCUACCUUGAGCGCAGCGCCAACUGCAGACGGUGUGUCGUCGAAUGGUGGCGAUGAUAAAGGGGAGAGCAAAAGGCACAAGGAAAGUGCCGAGACUGCUGCUACUGGCGAAAAAACGCAGAAAUCGGCUGGUGAUACGCCACUCGAUGCUCUGUUUCAACUAUCAACCAAAAAUUUUGAUGACGGUACAGAUCCUGCCACGCUGAAUAUCUUUUCGACACGACCGAAUCCAAAAAAGAAACGUAAAUCCCGCACUGCCUUCACCAAUCAUCAAAUCUUUGAGCUAGAGAAACGGUUUCUCUAUCAAAAGUACUUGUCACCAGCUGAUCGUGAUGAGAUCGCUGCUUCUUUGGGCCUCUCCAAUGCACAGGUAAUCACUUGGUUCCAAAACCGACGUGCCAAAUUGAAGCGUGACAUGGAGGAGCUGAAAAAGGACGUUGAAAGUGUGAAACAAUUACCCGACCAGUCAGCAGACAUCAGCAGCCAACAAUAUCAGGCAGCAUGCCGGCAACGCUUGCAGCAGCAUCAGCAACACCUAAUGGCCACACUCAACAAUCAACGCAAUUUGGCGGUGGCGGCCCACCACAUGCUGCCCAUAUCACCCUUAUCAUGCCUGCAGUCCCAAUCGCCCACACAGCAGCAGCGACACAGUUACCCGCACAAACACAACAACAACAGCAACGGGGGUAAUAUGACUGCGGAGCCACCGCUGUACCCAUUGCAGUUGCCAACAGCAACAGCAGGCGUAGCAGCGACAGCAGCCACGGCAGCGGCGGCGGCGGCGAAAGUGAAGGCACACCAGCCAACACACACACAACCGGCGACGCAAACGCUUACCAACCAAGGCUGCAGCAGCUCCACAGCAGCCGAGGAUAAGAAGGAGCUGAAAAUGCUGAAGAUGAUGACACUCAUGUACUACACCAGCCGCGCCCAGGCCGACGCUGCAUCGGCAGCUGCUUCUGCGUCCGGGGAUGCCGUUACGAUCUGUGGCAGAGCUGUUGGCAAUGGCAACGCUCACGGCGGUGGCGUACACGCUGAGCGCACGCCCUGCAAAUUCAACGCCAAUUAAUCGGACCGGAGCAGGCCGCGGUAUUAUUUGUAUUAGCCCAAUUUGUAAAUGUUAUUUAAGUAGAUAUGCACACAUAUAUGUAUGUAGAUAUGUUUGUAAAUGAUAUGUGAAGUUAUGUAUGUAUGUCAACAUGUGGUAUUACCAAAUAAUGAUAUAUAUUUAUAUGUAAGUCUGCGUAUAUGAAUGCGUGUCGCAUUCUCAUGCAAGAAGCUACAGUUACUAUGACAAUUGCCAAAACCGAAAUUGCAGCGAAAGAAUAAUGUAGGUCAUUAAGCUACGCCCUUGCGAAACCGUAGAUUAUGUAAGGAAGUGCUUAAUGAGUUAAGAAAUAGGACUCUAGACACACAUGCAAAUGUAUUCGAUUUCAAAAUUAAGUAGUUAGUUAUGUAAGCACAAUUGUGAUUUUUCCUUUUAAUUUAAUUAAAUUAAUAUGUUCCAAAUAUAAGAUAUCAUAGCAAUUAACCUUGA